AUGAGCGGCGCCUGCUCGAGCUACGUGAGCGCGGAGCAGGAGGUAGUGCGUGGCUUCAGCUGCCCGCUGCCGGGGGGCGAAGCGGCUGCUGUCUUCUGCUGUGGCUUCCGCGACCACAAGUACUGCUGCGACGACCCGCACAGCUUCUUCCCCUACGAGCACAACUACAUGUGGUGGCUCAGCAUCGGAGCGCUUGUGGGCCUGUCCACGGCAGCGGUGGUCCUUCUGGCCUUCCUCAUCACUGCCUUUGUGCUCUGCUACCUGUUCAUCAGCUCAAAGCCUCACACGAAGCUGGACCCAGGCCUAAGCUUACAGACAACAGGCUCCAAGAAGAUGUCACCUGACCACCAAGGUUUGAACACGGCAAUCAUGAUGGAGGUGCCAGGGGUAAGCUCUCCCAGGCAGAGUUCAUCCUUGAACACACGGCUGGAAAGCAAUGAGAGGCAGACUGUGGGUCCCAGAGGUCUCCUCCAGAACCAGUUCAUGGCUACAGUGACUGCUAGCCACAUUCCAGGCAGCCCCGAAGAGGCCUCUGUCCCCACCCCUGACCCAUAUGGACCAGUUCCAUAA